UGGGGUCUGUUGUCAUCCUUCCUUUCAUACAUGUGAACGUGAUGAGCAGCCUAGCUCAAGUAUUGGGAAACUCGCUCUGCAUCUCAGUUCGCCCUAAAACAUGCUUGUUUUCCACACUGAAGUGCUCUGAUGGUCUCAACGAGUGUCCGACAACGUACUAGAGAGGGGAAAUGAAUGAGUUGCCCAAUACUUAUCAUAAGCUGGCCUGCUAGCUGUGUGCCCAGCUAAACAGUGGAGCGAUUUUGAACAUUCCUUACCUCAUCACGUUCACAUUUAUGAAAUGACAGCUGACAACAGACCCCCAGGUUAAAAAAAAAGCGAGAUUCUGCUUUAAUUGGCUUUAUGCACAGCUCUGCUACUUCCUGAACUCAUAGCAGCCUCUUUGUGUUCCGUCUUUAAUUACUGGACGAACUGAUCAAUCCAAGUGUGCCCAUCGUCAGUAACGGCAAUGGCAACGGCCAGUCACACCUGGAUUAAUCAGGUUGACUGUAAUGAAAGACGGGAAACAAAGGAGCUACCUUAAGUUCACUUGAUUCUCAUGGAUGACUUUGUCAAGUCCAAGUUAGUUGAGUGGCAGCUUCUACAUCUUAUUGACAGGUUUAGUGAAGAGGCAAUUGGUGAAGAGAGCUUUGGCUACCUUGAUCUUCCAACCAUCGCCACCUUAAUUCCCAGAAUAGGCGACAGGCUCAAGUUCAUUAAAAAACAUAAUGAAUUUGUUGGGCAAAUGGUGUGCUCACAAGCCACACCCCCAGGACCCCAAUUGCCACCUUCAUCCAAUGACCUCCAAGAAAUGACUGCACCUGCACCCACAGAGAUGACUGCAAAUUCAACCCCUGAGAUGAUUGCACCUCCAAGCACAAUUGUGCUUCAGACAGUUCCAACAUUUGAUAUCCGCACUAUCCUUUCAGACGUUGUUGAGGGCAGGGCCAUUGUUCAAAGCCUGGACACGGACCAGUUGAUAACAAUUAAACAGAGGCGUGCCAUGGUCAGAAUUUUGGUGUCCCACCUUAUUGAAAAGUGUGGAGAAACACCAUCAGCUGUGACAAAAACUGCCAUGAGUUCAGCUUUGAUCAAUUCCUUCCCCUGCUUAAAAGAUGCAAGUACCAGUGGUUUUGAUACGUGGUACACCCAUGGGCGCUCUAAGUACCCAGCCACUGGGUUUCUGGAGGAGAGGCUCAGGAACAUAAGAAAGCGACUGCGGAGCUCGGGCGGGCCCAGGCCACAGAUGUCUCUGCCUCCCUCUGUGCCAAGGACAACAGUAAUACCAGCCCCCGCCAUUCCGGAGGAGCGGGCGGUGCAGUGUGCGGAGUGGCUAAAAAAUAACACCCAGCCAAUCACCCAGGUGAAUGAGUACAUGAGAGAUACUUGCAGCUUCAGGGCAGCCUGGAUAAGGGCCGACCAUUCAAAGACUGUCGAUGAGGUUCUGGCUCAGUUCCCCAGACUUCUGACCCCAGGCAUGAUUGCGCAGGACUUUGCGAUCCUUCAUGGUGAGGCUGCCCCAAAGUUCUUUGAGAAGUGGGUUCCUCUUUAUGCCGACAAAAUAAUAAAUCUUGCCAAACGCGAAGGGAAAUUCACCGACGUGGAUGGACGGAGAACUCAGGGUAAUUUUAUAUGUUGUGCAAAUAUCAGAUUUCAUACCAUGAUUUUCUUGUAACCUAAUGAUACUUAAAAGAACAGAAAUUACUUCAGCAUACCUUGUUUCACGGGUGCGUCGGAGUGAGGUGCCACCUAUACUG